GUCUGUGUGUGUGACAGUCUGUAGUCUGUACAUAGCACCAAUGAAACACUAUGGCGCAAUGGAUAGAGGGGUCUCUCUGGCAUACUGCCUUAUACGGCCGUGAGAUGUGUGUCUAUACCGACGCAAUUAUCAAGUGUGUGCGUGUAGCUGAUCACACCGAUUCAUUCUUAUUCAAGCUCGUGGUGAAGGCAAUAGACCCUCCUAUAAAUACUACAGUCAAGAUACGAAUGUUUUUCAUACGUACAAGUAUGAUUUUACAUCUUGGUCAGAAUUUAAUGAGCUGGCGGGGUCGAAGAGAAGAAACAUACGUCUUCCGGUUUGAAUUGCCUGAUGAGGAUUGUAAUGUGAAGACGUUUCGUGACGAUGUAGCACGCAUGCUAGUCUCAACAACAAGACAGAUACCUAUACAUACGGUUACACCUCUCGAUAUGAGGGAGGUGGAUAUGGCAACCGCUCAGUUAUCGUCAGAGAUCUCUGAGUGUGUCCCUUUGCCUCAGAGGGACUUCAUUAAAGCGGUCGUGUGUGGCGAUAUUGCAUUGGCGCUUGAGAGGUUGCGCACUGGUGCGGUCGAUAUCAAUGCCAGUGAUAAGGU